CUCUCCUCUGUAGCAGCAUUAGUUGUUAUCUGACAUCUGCAGACAUUCCUCGUCUCUGGCGGUCUUCCUCGGUCGGGGCCGUCUUUUGACUGAAUGGGAAGGUCAUAUGCGGGACAUAUUCGGGUUUGUGAACGUCUCAGCCGAACGACACGGGGUAUGGUGUCGACGUUCGGUCCAGGUGUACUACUCUAGCCAACUUUCCACUCGCAGUGGGCUACCACUAUUUGCUUGGUGGAGCAGAACUAGCCAGCCAAGCGCGGGCUCAAUAACGGAGUACAAAGUGAAGCACAUAGAAGAUGGGUGGGGAGCAAGGCUGUCCCUGGAGCCCUAACAUAGCGGAGCUCGGUAUCCAUGUAUGGUCGACGGGCGUC